GGGCUUUCCGAGCUUUACGUUGUGGCGUUGCGAGCGCCGAAAGCUCGCUGCCAACUUUACCCGAUAUAUAAACUUUGGAUCUACGGAUCGGGAGAGGUGUGAAAUAUAUAUAGAGAAGGAGAAGUGAGAAAACUGAGGAAACGUGGGGACAAACAAAGGCGAAAAAGACAAGCGCGUAGAAAGAUGCGCGAAUUGCGUCGGACGGAAUUCAGACUAAAUUAAGUUCAGCCGAUCGCGGGCGGUGUACAAGUAUAUAGCCCACCGAUCCGAACAGACAGUUGCCCAAAGACGUUGCCCAGAGGCGGAAUCGACAAAAACCGAGCGGAGACACCUGUCACUGGGAGAAUUACAUAAAAACAAACACACACAAAAACAAAAACCCAGCCGGAAAAUCAAAAAUUCAACUUAGUAAACACCAAGCGAAAAUUAAAUAGUUUACAAAUAAAGAUUGGACUGGGAUAACUGGAUUCUGGAUCACCUGAUCCGCCGAGAUGUCGUACCGCGGAAUGCUGAGCACCUCGGACGAAUCGUCCGCGGAGCUGCGAGUCCAGGAUUCGGACUCCUUUGACGGAGCGAUGAUGUCCCAUCCGAGCAAUAAUGCCGCCGUGCAACAGCUGGGCAAGAAGGCCAGCGGAAAGAGCCUCCACCCGGCCACCUCCGUGACCGUGCCCCCAAAGAAAAGCCCCGUGCUCCAAAGGGCCACCCCCAAUCGCUGCAUAUGUGAUCUCACCGAUUCCCCAGUCGAUGAGAAGGCCGAAGCUGAUGUGGAAGUGACCAACGAGAUCUCGGCUCCAUAUGAGGUGCCACAAUUUCCCAUUGAACAGAUCGAAAAGAAACUGCAAAUCCAGCGUCAUCUCAAUGAAAAGCAAGCUACUGGACAAACCAGGCCCGUGGUCGCAGCUGCCGUUUUGGCAACUCACAGGGAAUCAUCCAGCAGCAACGAGGAUCGCGAAAACACCAUCGAGAUGGACAGAAACGAUGCGGACAUCAAUUUCCAGCGGGUCUCCAUUUCGGGGGAGGACACAAGCGGUGUUCCUCUGGAGGAUUUGGAGCGGGCCUCGACCCUCUUGAUCGAAGCACUGCGCAUGCGCAGCCACUACAUGGCCAUGUCGGAUCAGUCGUUUCCCUCGACCACGGCGCGGUUCCUCAAGACGGUAAAGCUCAAGGACCGCAUUAACAACCUGCCCGUCAAGGAGGUUUCUGACAUCAUUCGCAAAAUGAGUGUAACGAACAUACAAGACGUCCAUGCUAAGGCAUCGCAGUUAAAGAUAACGAAUCCCUGGAACGUGGAGUUUCCCAAAGAUGAGGAUUUCCGUAUCAAGCCUCUUAAUGGAGUGUUUCACAUCUACCAGAACGACGACGAAAGCAGCGAGAUCAAAUUCGAAUAUCCGGAUAUGAGUCAAUUCGUGAACGACAUGCAGGUCAUGUGCAAUAUGAUCGCCGAUGGGCCACUGAAAUCAUUCUGCUAUCGACGUCUGUGCUAUCUGUCAUCCAAGUACCAGAUGCAUGUGCUGCUUAAUGAACUGCGGGAGUUGGCCGCCCAGAAGGCUGUGCCGCAUCGCGAUUUCUACAACACCCGCAAGGUGGACACCCAUAUCCAUGCCGCCUCCUGCAUGAACCAGAAGCACCUGCUCCGCUUCAUCAAGAAGACGCUGAAGAACAAUGCCAACGAGGUGGUGACCCACACCAACGGACAGGCGAUGACCCUGGCCCAGGUGUUCCAGUCGAUGAACCUGACCACUUACGACCUGACCGUCGACAUGCUGGACGUGCACGCCGAUCGCAACACGUUCCACCGCUUCGACAAGUUCAACUCCAAGUACAAUCCCAUCGGAGAGUCGCGGCUCAGGGAGGUGUUCCUCAAGACGGACAACUAUUUGAAUGGCAAAUACUUUGCGCAGAUCAUAAAGGAAGUGGCCUUCGAUCUGGAAGAGUCCAAGUACCAGAACGCCGAGCUACGUCUGUCCAUCUAUGGAAAAUCGCCUGAUGAGUGGAACAAGCUGGCCAGAUGGGCCAUCGACAAUGAUGUGUACAGCUCGAAUAUUCGAUGGCUGAUCCAGAUACCGCGCCUUUUCGACAUCUUCAAGUCGAACAAGAUGAUGAAGUCAUUCCAGGAGAUCCUGAACAACAUAUUCCUGCCGCUCUUCGAGGCGACAGCCAGACCCAGCCAGCAUCCAGACUUGCAUCGCUUCCUGCAGUACGUGAUCGGGUUCGAUUCGGUGGACGACGAGUCCAAGCCGGAGAAUCCGCUCUUCGACAACGAUGUGCCCCGGCCGGAAGAAUGGACCUACGAGGAGAAUCCGCCAUAUGCGUAUUACAUCUACUACAUGUACGCCAACAUGACGGUGCUGAACAAGUUUAGAGAGUCCCGCGGCAUGAACACCUUUGUGCUGCGGCCCCAUUGCGGCGAGGCUGGACCCGUGCAGCAUCUAGUGUGCGGCUUCCUGAUGGCCGAGAACAUCUCCCACGGCCUCCUGCUCCGCAAGGUGCCCGUUCUGCAGUAUCUGUAUUACCUGACCCAAAUCGGAAUCGCCAUGUCGCCGCUGUCAAACAACUCGCUGUUCCUCAACUACCAUCGUAAUCCGCUGCCUGAGUAUUUGGCCCGGGGCCUCAUCAUCUCCCUCUCCACGGACGACCCCUUGCAAUUUCACUUCACCAAGGAACCCCUUAUGGAGGAGUACAGCAUUGCGGCCCAGGUGUGGAAGCUCAGCUCCUGCGACAUGUGCGAGUUGGCCAGGAACAGUGUUAUGAUGAGUGGAUUCCCCCAUGCCAUCAAGCAGCAGUGGCUGGGACCCAUUUAUUACGAGGACGGCAUCAUGGGCAACGACAUCACCCGGACCAACGUGCCCGAAAUCCGUGUGGCCUAUCGCUAUGAGACGCUGCUCGAUGAGCUGUCCAACAUCUUCAAGGUGAACCAGACCUGCUCCCUCAACGAUCCGCAGUCGUAGGCUCAGGGGCACUCUGCUCCUUCGCGUUGUUGUGGCUUCCUACGCUAACUUAAUGCAAAUUACACAGAUAUAUACGCUAGUUAUAUAUAUAUAUAUAUAUACAAUUUACAUGUUUCUGUACUAACCAAAAUGUAAACGCGGCAGACCAAAACCUUUAAAUAUACAAAACUUGUACACGCAAA